AUGGCUCAUUUGAUGAAAUUGUUCAUUCUUGUCCUCCUUGUCUUCUUUGUCUUUGUUUCAUCCACUGAAGUGAAAAAGAGGAUGAAGAUGAAGCAGCUGGUCCAUGAGGACAAAACCCAGAGCUCGGGAGAGCUGGGCACUAAAAAUGGUGAUCACUGCACUUGGGAAACACGAGAGGGCAAAAACAACAUGGUGCUCCAUCUCAAAUGCUCCACCCACUCUAAGGAGGCGGGACUUGAGUCCAACAAUUAUGAGUGCCAGUUUAUGGGAAAUCCGUACGAAUGCCCCACCUACAGAGACAAACAGACUCAAUACUGGAAACAGGUUUUAGGGAAGCUGAAAAAGCGACUGAGUGUCUGCGAAGGAGGAAAAGUGCUGAAGGCCACAAUGUGCCGAAACGCUCCAAGCUCCGCCCACAUGAAGCUGGUGAGGGAAAAGAUGACAAGCAGAAAGGAAGGAGAGAAGGAGGUGAAGAAAGAUGAGGAAAUGAUGACGGGUGAUGAAGGGAUGUCGGACGGAGUAGCAGAAGCGGAGAGCUACUGUGCGGAAGGAUGGGAUCCCCUCUGCCACUUCCUCACCAAGCUUCUGUAA